GUACCUCACAUCCGGCAAUCAAUUAGCUUACGGCAAUGCGACAAAGCCGUAUACCGCGCACCAACCUCGACUUCAAUGUGACUGGCGCGUGGCUGUCAACAUAUAUACGCUCACUAAUGCGGCCGUCUUGGACUUUUGGUCUUCGAGCUUGAUCCCCUCUCGAGAGGUAUUCCGAUCGGCCCGGAGCAUCAAACGCUUCCAUUGGUGUCUGAAGGAUGUCCCUACCGCCACCCCCCACAUUGCUUGACCUGGACAUUGUCUUACCGAUCUUCGUCGGUAUCGCCGUCUUGACAUCCUCCUUUCGGCUGGUCGAUAGAGUGAGAACCGCAAGGUUCGGAUGGGAUGACGGCGUCUGCUUCCUCUCCCUGUGUAUCAUGUUGAUCAUGAUAGUUUUCUUCUACCUCAUCGUUCAACCACCUCCCGAAGCAACGCAGUUCACGCAAAUAUUCGCCUACUAUGCCGGCGGAAUGUGCUUUCAUGGUGUUGUGUGGACAGCAAGAAUAUCGAUCCUGCUCACCUACGUCCGCAUCGCGGCAUUCUCCGUCCAGAAAAGGGCAUUGGCUUCUCUGGCGGUUCUCUUCGCAGGGUUAUUGCUUUUCCUAUACGGAGAGAUGUACUGGAUCUGCGAGCAUGAGACGGGAUGGAAAGAAUUUCAUCCACCUCAGUGCGAUCUCGGAAAAGGCCGCGCUAUAACAGAAAUCUGCUUCGAUGUCUUCGCGGAUAUAACCCUUGUUGUCGUCCCGGUCUGGCUGCUCUCCAAGAGUUCUAUGGAUAAGGCUCAGAGGAUGAGGCUGUUGCUCCUCUUCUCUACGUCGUUCCUCAUCACCGUUGUCUCCGUGGUCCAAGACGUAAUCGUGUUUAUCGCCGGAGGUAUCCGGGAGAUCUUCGCAUCUAUGCUCGAAGAUGCCUUCUCGCUUACCAUUUGCAGCGUACCGGUUCUUGUAACAUCUCUAUAUCGUAUAUUUUCAAAAACCAAGAAAGAUCUCGACGUAGAUACGCCGAAACCGCCGACCUUGGUCACUGGGACACGCUACGUAUCAACGAAACGAACGAAACGAAGCGAAGGCACUACAAUUGAAUCAGUUUCUGAGGACUCAAAGGAUACCACCAAGCGCCGCGACCUAUCAACGUAUCGAAACUCUUUCACCGCCCCGAGCUUGAUAAGAGAAGAGGAAGAGAAUGAUGGAAGUAAUGGACACGCUCAACCAUCAGCUCCUAUGCCGCCCGAGCCGGUGGACAAGGGAUAUGACGUCGUUACCAUCCUUCAUACCGUAUAAUACAGGAUGUCCCUGUGCGAACCGCUCUUGUUCUGUUACGCUCUAUGUAGACCUCCGACUGAUAGUCUUAUGUUAUGUUCCCG